GCGCCGGAGCUUGUGGCGUCAAUGCGCCAGCCGUGUCCAUGGAGAGAGGUUGAGGUUGCCGAGCUCCGGCCCGAGGCACCUGGGCGCCGGAGUGGCGAAGAUGUCGGCUUCCUUAGUCCGGGCCACUGUCCGGGCUGUGAGCAAGCGGAAGCUGCAGCCCACCCGGGCCGCUCUCACACUGACACCUUCUGCAGUGAACAAGAUAAAACAACUUCUUAAAGAUAAGCCUGAACAUGUAGGCGUGAAAGUCGGUGUUCGAACUAGAGGGUGUAAUGGUCUUUCUUACACCCUAGAAUAUACAAAAACAAAAGGAGAUUCUGAUGAAGAAGUUGUUCAAGACGGAGUGAGAGUAUUCAUUGAAAAGAAAGCACAGCUAACACUUCUGGGAACAGAAAUGGACUAUGUGGAAGACAAGUUAUCCAGUGAGUUUGUCUUUAAUAACCCAAACAUCAAAGGAACUUGUGGCUGUGGGGAAAGCUUUAAUAUCUGAAACCUGAGGACUCCUUUGGCUAUUAGCUCCAGCAACACUCAUGGAUGCCUUGGGGCUUACUGAAGAAAUCAUGUGACUGUCACCUGCUCAAUGUGUGGCUGCCUUGUAAGGAAAAUAAAGUGAUGCAUUUUGAAAAUGAA